AUGGAUAACCUCAACUCCUCCAACACCUCCAGCUUGGACCCCACCUCCCCGGAUUCGGGCCGCCUGAUUUCGAGCAUCAUCCUGGGGUUGUGCUGUGCGUUGGGCCUCCCUGGUAACAUAGCUGUCCUGGUGUUCAUCCUGCGCGGCUCGUCCCGACGCCCCAACUUUACCCUGUGCCUCAUACUGAACCUGGCGUCCUCCGACAUCUUAUGCCUGGCCACUGUGCCCAUGUGGAUUUAUUCUCUCCUGCACGGCUGGACUCUGGGCAGUGCCACCUGCAAGCUAGCCACCUUCCUGCUCUACCUCAGCCUGUACGCGAACGUGCUAACGGUCACUCUACUCGGUGUCCAGCGCUAUCUCCAGGUGUUAUACCCGCAAAUGUGGAACCGGCUGGGGCGCAAGGGGAAGGCGGUGCUGGUCCUGGCCCUGUGGGGGCUCGCCUGCGCCCUGACUGCCCCCGCCGUGACCACUCGCUAUGUGGGUGAUGGCGAGCUCAAGUGCCGGAGACACAGUGAAUCCGAUGCUGAAAGAGUAGCGGUCCUCAUCUUGGAGACCUUUCUGGGGUUUGUGGUCCCAUUCUUUGUGCUGGUCACGUCCUACUGCUGCCUCCACCGGCAGGUGAACCAGACGGCGCUGUUCAACAGCGCCAGGUUGACGCGGCUGGUCACCAGUGUUCUGGUCGCCUUCUUUGUCCUCUGGGUCCCCGUGCACAUUGUCAACAUGGUGGACAUUGCCGGCAUGGUGCUGCGGGCUUCCCGGCCAGAGGCGUCGGCAGUGCUGCUGCGCCACAGGAGCGCGGCAGCACGUGUCGUCCGGAGCUUCACAUUUGUCAACAGCUGUUUGGACCCCUUCCUGUACGCCUUCGCCUCACGGAGGAACUGGAAUUAG